UCUUUCGUUGGUAACAAUGAUGCCUAACCUGUCAGAAGUAAAGUAGCAGAUUGGAAUUGUAGUGAGUUUUGGGUACAUAGAUACAACAUUUUAGGUUCGCGGUUUUACUGUGCUUGUCAUCGUAUAGAGCACAGAAGUAACAAGCAGAUGCAGUGUAAAUUUCUUGUCAAAGCGUAUGUAGAACAAAGUAUCGGUGAUUGUUAAAAGUAGCCACCACGUUUUCACGAGAACUCCCUUGUCCAACUCUGCCUGUUAUGCGGUGGUGAACGUCGACAGUGUUGUAGCACGAAGAUUUGCGAUGUUCUGAAGUUUCCUGACGAAAAAUUCGAGCUACUGCUAACGAUGUGCAUCCUGAUGUAACUACAUCGAAAUUAUAGUAGACAAUAGUAACAGUGACGCUCACUCGACAAGCGUAUAAAAAUAGGAUGUCAGGGCAUAGAGGCGGAGGAGGAGCUGGGAGCCAUCAAGGAGGCCCAGCAGGUCUUAAACAAAUAGAUUUAGAUCAAAUUUGGGGAGAUCUUCGUGAGGGUAUUGAACAAGUUUACAACAGGCAAUGUAUGUCUAAACCAAGAUAUAUAGAAUUGUACACACAUGUAUAUAAUUAUUGCACAAGUGUUCAUCAACAAUUAACUAGAACAUCGACCAAAAGUAAGAAAGGACAAAUUUCUCAAGGAGGUGCACAGUUAGUUGGUUUGGAGUUAUAUAAACGUUUACGUGACUUUCUUAGAAAUUACCUUAUAAGUUUAUUAAAGCAUGGAAUUGACUUGAUGGAUGAAGAUGUAUUACAGUUCUAUACAAGACAAUGGGAAGAAUAUCAAUUUAGUAGUAAAGUAUUGAAUGGUGUAUGUUCAUAUCUAAAUCGACAUUGGGUACGUAGAGAAUGUGAAGAAGGUCGUAAAGGAAUCUACGAAGUAUAUCAAUCAGCUUUGGUUACAUGGCGAGAUAACUUAUUCAAGCAUUUAAAUAGACAAGUUACUAAUGCAGUACUUAAAUUAAUUGAGAGAGAACGCAAUGGAGAAACAAUAAAUACACGUUUAGUCAGUGGCGUAAUCAAUUGUUAUGUAGAAUUAGGUAUGAAUGAAGAAGAUCCUGGUGCUAAAGGACAGAAUCUUACUGUUUACAGUAAUUCUUUUGAAAAUGUCUUCCUUGAAGAUACAGAAAGGUUUUACACUCGUGAAAGUUCUGAGUUCCUCCGACAAAAUCCAGUUACAGAAUACAUGAAAAAGGCAGAACAAAGAUUAUUAGAAGAACAAAAACGAGUUCAAGUAUAUUUACAUCAAACAACCCAUGAUAAAUUAGCAAAAACAUGUGAGAGAGUGUUAAUUGAGAAACAUUUAGAUAUUUUUCAUUCUGAAUUUCAAAAUCUCUUGGAUGCUGAUAAGAACAUAGACUUAGGUCGAAUGUAUCAAUUAGUAGCAAGGAUUCCAAAUGGACUUGGCGAAUUAAGGAAUCUUUUAGAAGGUCAUAUAGCUAAUCAAGGACUUGGAGCUAUUGAUAAAUGUGGUGAUUCUGCAGCCAAUGAUCCAAAGGUUUAUGUAAACACAAUUCUGGAGGUUCAUAAAAAAUAUAAUGCUUUAGUACUUGUUGCAUUUAAUAAUGAUAGUGGUUUUGUGGCAGCUCUUGAUAAGGCUUGUGGAAGAUUUAUUAACAGUAAUUCAGUAACUAGAGCAGCAAAUAGCAGCAGUAAAUCACCAGAAUUAUUAGCAAAAUACUGUGACCUAUUAUUAAAAAAAAGUAGUAAAAAUCCUGAAGAAGCUGAACUUGAAGAUACAUUGAAUCAAGUUAUGGUGGUAUUUAAAUAUAUAGAAGACAAAGAUGUGUUUCAAAAGUUUUAUAGUAAAAUGCUGGCAAAAAGAUUAGUACAACAUAUGUCUGCCAGUGAUGAUGCAGAAGCUUCUAUGAUUUCUAAAUUGAAACAAGCUUGUGGUUUUGAAUACACCUCAAAAUUGCAACGAAUGUUUCAGGAUAUUGGUGUAUCUAAGGACUUAAAUGAACAAUUUAGAAGGCAUUUGACAAAUUCUGCUGAACCAUUGGAUAUAGAUUUCAAUAUACAAGUCUUGUCUUCUGGCUCCUGGCCAUUUCAACAGUCUUUUACGUUUUCAUUGCCAACAGAGCUAGAAAGAUCUGUACAUAGGUUCACUACCUUCUAUAGUUCACAACAUAGUGGAAGAAAGUUGAAUUGGUUGUACAAUAUGUCUAAAGGAGAAUUACAUACAAAUUGUUUUAAAAAUAGAUACACAUUACAAGCAUCCACAUUUCAAAUGGCUGUUUUAUUACAAUAUAAUGGAUCCACAGUGUGGACGAUUCAACAAUUACAUGAUGCUACACAAAUAAAAAUGGAUUUUUUGCUUCAGGUUAUUCAAAUACUCUUGAAAGCUAAGCUAUUAACGGCAGCUACUGAUGACGAAGCUGAAUUGACGCCACUGUCAACAGUGGAACUAUUUACAGGAUAUAAAAACAAGAAACUGAGAGUAAAUAUUAAUAUACCAAUGAAAACGGAAUUAAAGAUUGAACAAGAAACAACACAAAAAAAUAUAGAAGAAGAUAGAAAGCUCUUAAUUCAGGCAGCUAUUGUUAGGAUUAUGAAAAUGAGAAAAGUAUUGAAACAUCAGCAAUUGGUAGCUGAAGUAUUGAAUCAAUUAAGCUCUAGGUUCAAACCAAGAGUACAUGUCAUUAAGAAAUGUAUAGAUAUUUUAAUUGAAAAAGAAUAUCUGGAGCGCACAGAGGGCCAAAAGGACACUUAUAGCUACCUGGCAUGAUCAAGUUGAUCCAAGACAACGAUAUGGCAGCAACAAUACAUGCAAAUGAAAGAUGACUAUUCAAUGUCAUUUCUAGAUAUUGUCACAAUAUUUAUUUAAGUCUCGAAUUUGAAUCUCAUACAUUCUCCUUGUACAUGGAUGCCCUUGUACCAUGUUGUCCCUCUGGUCGCAUUUAGAGUCUGGUUUUUAUAAUAUGUUAAUAAAAUCAUUUCAUAGUCAAGCUGCUAGAUGUAUUACUGUCUACGCCGUCUUUGACGUAAAUUCAAAUAUUGCUGGUUUUUGAUAUCAUAUUAUCGUAUUAUGAAAUGAAAAAUGCACGAAUCUAAUCUUUUAUGUUAAUAAGGAAUAGUAAAAAAUGUUUUCAAAAUUAUAAAUUCGUAAAAUCAAUCAAAAAAGUGAGAGAGAAAAGAGCGAAUAAAAUUUAGAGUUAAGCGUGGUAAGAGUGAAAUAAAUAAAACAAAUGUUUUAAAUAAAUUUAACAUAUAUUGUAAGACACUUAUUAAUGAACGAGGAUGAAAGGCUGGGCAUGCACUAUUUUUUUUUUUAUUUUUUUCUUUUUCUUUCAAAUAGCAUAAAGUGCAUUAAUAUAAUUUUAUGAGAUUAUAAAAUAAGAAAGAAAUGUAAUUUCAUUAAUUAUUUGUAUUAUAAUAUAAUAUGAAAAACAAGAAUUUAAAUACAUAGAUAGUAAUACAUUUUAAUGCAACAUUUAGAGAAGUUUAAUUAUUAAUCACGUGUACAACAGAAAAAAUUUUAUACCAGUGAAUAAAAAAGUCUGCCCUAA